AAGAAAUGGAUUGAUAUGUGUAAGAAACAAUUAUCAUUAACUAAUACACAAUAAAUGAAAAGGUAAGUAAAUCUCAAGUUGAAAACCUAGAUUUUUCGUAUAUGAACAACUAAGUAUGAGAUCACUAAGAGAAGUUGUUUAAGUCAUACCUAACAACUAAAUAUAAUUCACAAAAAAAUAAUCAUUCAUGGCUUAUUCUAAAUUAGGUUAUGGUGGGAAUUUCGGCUUUAUAAGAACUCCUUGUACAAUCAUCACAUUGGAGAGGAAAUGACAGAUAAAGUUUGCAUAAAAUUACUUGAUGUAGAUGAGGGUGGUGAUAGAGGACCAGGAGGAGACAUGAAUCGUAUCGGCAGCAUAGUAAUAUUCCAAGGCCAAACAGCCCCACUUCCCAAUGGAAUUCCAACCUACACGGUUCAGAUUCUCAACGCCUGCGUUUCAGGUUGCAGCAUAUCCGACAUUCACGUCAGAUGUGGAUGGUUUAGCUCCGCCCGCCUGGUGAAUCCCAGAGUUUUCAGGCGCAAUGACUACGAUGACUGCCUAGUCAAUGAUGGUGAGGCUCUUGGCCCCGGAGAAACCCUAUCUUUCCAGUAUGCCAACAGUUUCCGUUACCCUUUAUCCGUUUCAUCUGUAGUUUGCUGCUGAUCAACUCACAAAGCUAGCCUAGCUACAUAAAAUCUUUUGUUCAAACUCAAUCAAAACAUAUGACUCGGUUCUUAAUUAUAGACUCGCUUUCUGGCCUAUAUGUGUGCAAGGAUGAACUAUUGUUUGAAGUUUGGAAAGCGGAAGUUGUAGUCGGGCUAUUAAAUGAAUGUUUUUUCAGUACAUGGUGUCGAAGUUAUCGAUGAUAUGUUGAUACUAUCUGGCCAACAAUCGACAUAUUAUUGAUGCAUCUUGAACAAUGUCAUGGACAAUAAUAUAUUGUGUUG